CUGCAAAGCUUCGAUUCGUCCGUUGCAAGUCGCAAAAACCGCGAAAUCGACCAUCACAGCCUCAACGAAGCAGCCAGCAACGCACCACAGAGGCCAAUUGACCUCGCACCACACCGUAGAAAAAUGUCGAGAGGAGCGCCGCGCGGAAGAGGCGGCUUCGGCGGAGGGAACCGCGGGUUCAGAGGCGGCGGCCGCGGCGGCUUCGGCGGCACUCGAGACUUCGGCCCCCCCGACACGAUCCUAGAAAUGGGCUCGUUCCUGCACGCGUGCGAAGGCGAAAUGGUCUGCGAGAGCGUGAACCCCAAGGUGCCGCACUUCAACGCGCAGAUCUUCCUCGAGAACAAGACGGCCGUCGGCAAGGUCGACGAGGUCCUGGGUCCCAUCAACCAGGUCUACUUCACUAUCAAACCGUCCGAGGGUAUCCAGGCCGCCUCUUUCAAGCCCGGCGACCGCUUUUAUAUCGGUGCGGAGAAGUUGCUUCCGCUGGAGAAGUUCUUGCCUAAGCCUAAGCCGCCCCCUGGGGCUCCGAAGGUGAAGAAGCCGAGUCGUGGUGGUGGGGGACGCGGAGGUGGACGCGGGGGUCCGAUACGUGGGGGUGGAGGGCGUGGAGGUGGUGGGUUCAGCCGCGGUGGCCCGUCGAGAGGGGGACGGGGUUCGUUUGGUGGCGGAUUUGGCGGGGGAAGGGGUAGUGGUCGCGGAGGUAGUGGUGGUUUUAGCAGAGGCGGUAAUGGAGGAGGACGGGGACGAGGCGGGUUCAGCAGGGGAGGUCGAUAUUAAAGCUGGGCACAAGUUGAUAUACCCAACCGACGCCAACUCAAACCGCGCCAUAUCUUGCUUCCCCCCUUUUCCUACGACUCUCGGAAGGGAUUUGAGAAGGGACUUUAUCCUCGCGUGGUCGUUGCCCUAUCCUAUCCUGUCCCCUUAACUAGUUGAUGUUCAAUACGGCACCGGAACGGCGUUACGAGGAUUUCUGAAUUUAUACAUAAGUCUUUUUCUAUGAUGAGAAUGAGAUGGUUUUUUUGCGUCAGGUGAGAGUAAGGAAUCAGAACAUUGUUGCUCCGGCGUGAUGUGGGAUGAGUGAUGGCUUCUAGAUGUAAAUAUACUGUGACCAUAUCAGGACGUUCAAAGGCUUUAGGGAUCCGCUCAUAUCUGUUCUUCGGGCUCUGAAUUUGGAUGUAAAUCUUAGACUUGAAUGAUCCGCUGGUGGCAAUACCCCCUUUUGCCCUUUGGUUAUGAACUCGACAUUUCAACGUUCGAAUAUGAUAGGUCUUGGCCUGAAGAGAUCCGAAAAUUUUCUACUGCGGCUUAAAAUUCGUCACUAAGAGACACGAUAUUUUUAGUAAAUGAAAAUCAAGUCUAGAUCUG